AUGCAAAUCUGCGUGCUUCAAGCCACUUACCCAGACGGCCAUAUUCUCCGUGAGCACGAUGAGUACGCCGAUCCAGGCCGUUACGUGAAGCAGCACAGCUUUCAUCACCGCUUCAUCGACAAGGCCAACUACCGUCAGCAGAUCGAUGCUGCCGUGGCCGAAAAGUUCGACUUUUACAUCAAUUUUAUGUGGGGACAGCCCGAGGAUGAAGUCGCAGGCGUCGAGGCUACAGAGUACUUCGAAAGCCUCAACGUGCCGUUCAUUGGCCUUCGGAGUCGUAUUCUACGCAAGUCGAAAACUGAUCUUUAUGAAGCGGCUCGCAAGCAGGGCAGCCCUCCAGUACCCUCGGCGGAUCCUGAUGUAUUCCCUGUCAUUGUCAAGGCUGCCCGGAGUUGCGCAAGUCAGUUCUUGUCUGACAAAUCCAUCUGCUUCACAGCAGAGGAACGUGAUGCAGCCAUCGCCAACAUUGAUCGGCAGCUUCAACCUGGCCGGUUGAGAGCCUUGGGUUAUCCCCCAACCGACAAGAGCAAGCCCCCAACCCCGCCUUUGGAGAUGAAGCCGGCCAGGGUCUAUGAUCUUCCUGAUGAUAUCAUUGUGCAAGAGUUUAUACCCGGAGUCGAUUACUCGGUCGUAGUCAUCGAGUUCGGAAAAACGCCCAUUGCAUUGAACCCUACCAUCUACAACUAUCCCUCGAGCGAGGAUACCAACAACAAGUACCGCUUCCUCACCUUUGACAUCAAGUUUCACCCUGAGCUAUCUGAGAGUCUCGUCAAUCGUGACGAUGGCCCCGAACUCUUCGAAACACUUCAAAGGCUAGCCGUAGAAGCUUUCCAAGCCAACGACAUGGCCGGCGGCUCUUGGGGAAAUGUCGACAUCCGCAUCAAGCCCGAUGGCAAGCCCGUCGUCAUCGAGGUCAACCCCAUGCCUGCUGUCUUUCUCCCUCCAGACUUUGGAUACGAAGAGACUGUGAUUUGGAACAGUUUGCCUGGAGAACAUCGCGCCUUGUUGAACAUCAUGAUGGCAUCGUACAUGAUGCGAUCAGAGACCUAUGACAAUGUCCGCCAGGAUUUGAUUGGCAAGGUGUACAAUCGAGUUGCACCCCAAUAUGACGCCCAGUACAACCCCCAAAGCUCUGCUGAAGAGGUCUUGGGCCGCCUCUUAUCCAAGUUCAACUUUGAUGGCAGUCUUUUGGACAUUGCCUGUGGCACUGGUCUCUUUGGUCGUCUGGUUCGAUCCAAGCAACUGAUACACUCCAAUGGAACAUCAUCGGCUAGUCAAAAGUCGCGUCACGUUGGACUUGAUAUCUCAUCAGAGAUGGCACGUCUUGCAAAGGAAUCAGGCUAUGACCAUGUGUUCAUUGGCCCCGUUCAGGAGGUUCUGCCCACCAUCACAGAGACUUUCGACCAUAUAAUGUGCUACCAAGCCAUUCACUUUGUGAGUGCCUUCGAGGUUUCUUUGGUGCUAUCUCGAUGUUUCCAACUGGCAAACAAGUCGGUGACGAUUGGUGUCGACGAGAUCCCUGAGGCGUACAACGAAGCCAUCAAGAAGCUCCCACCCCCUAACAAUGUGAUGACGAGCAUCAACCACGUUCAAGAAGUGAAAGACUUUGGAGUUCCGCGAGGAUGGAAGUUGGCUCUGGAGGAACAAGUCUUUGGUUGGAAGUCGCCAAACACAAACGUGGAUGUCAACACGACACUUUUCCACUUCGAACGAAUAUAA